AAAUACAAUUAACAGUAAAAAGUCGUUCGAAUCACCUGCCUUUUUAGAAUAUUUCAGUUCUGUGGAUCGAGAGAUGAAAAUGGAGACUGUAUGGUUCGUUUUGUUUUUGAUGUUGAGUGGAUCUGUGGUUGGAGAAAAUAAUAAAUUGAUUGUUUUUAUGGUGGAUGGAUUCCGAUGGGAUUACUGGGACUUUCCUGGACUCAAACUUAAGGCAUAUCCGCAGUUCCUAACGUAUGGAGUAAAGCCACCUUACAUCAAUCCUGUUUUCCCUUCUCUGUCAUACCCAAACAUCAACAGCUUUGUUACAGGUCUGUAUCCAGAGAAUCAUGGAUUCGUUGAGAACUAUUUGUGGGACAAGAAGACGAAUGAGUUCUUUCAAAUGAUUCCUCUAGAAAACACAACAGACCCAAUGUGGUGGCAAGAAGCAGAACCCAUUUGGAUAACUGCUGAGAAGCAGAAAAAAAAUGCAGCCGUGUACUUCUGGGCAGGUUGCGAGGUUGGUAGACACAACCUCCACCCCACAAUCUGCGAACGACAUCGGUACGACCCGCCAACUAAAGAAGGUAAGAACGACGUGAAAGAGAGAAUAGACGAUGUCUUGGAAAUGUUCCAUCCAUCCCCAGCUCUUGGCUACGAUAGGCUGGACCUUGCAAUGAUAUAUCUUCCAUGGGUGGACUGGGCUGGCCACUACAGGGGAGUUGAUUCAGUUGACAUGAAGAAUGCAAUAAUGGAUAUCGACGACGUUCUUGAUUAUCUCCUUAAUGGUCUGAAAAAGAAGAAACUACAAGAGAAGGUGAACAUAAUAAUGCUGGCAGACCAUGGGAUGCAAGACGUGACCAAUUCAACUUUCAUUACACUGGAUAAGUACGCACCUAGCAUCAAGUACCAAGUGAAUUCAGGUCCAACCUCAAGUCUAAUACCAAUUGACGGUAAAGAGGAAAAGCUCUACAAUGAUAUAAAGAAUGACAAUAUAACAGGACUACACAUCUAUAGAGUGAAAGACAUCCCCGAAAAGUAUCAUCUGAAGAAGGCUCCUCGGAUCGGCCCUCUUUACUUGAAUACCGAACCCCGUUAUUUCAUUAAAGCG